AUGGUUGCCAUAAAAGAAAUGAAAGAACUUGCAUUUGCUAGGUCAAGUUUAGUUGAGACAUUGAAUAAGAAAAAGAAAUUUUUAAAAAAAAAGGAGAAGAGAACAUUCGUUUUAUGUAUCUAUGCAUUUAUUACUUUCAUAAUAUUUUGUAUAGGAAUAUUAUAUUUUACAAAUAAAUCAUCCGCAUAUAACAAUAAUAAUAAAAAUGAACCUAGUUUAAAAAAAGAAGAAAUUGAAUUACUUCGCGUUCUUUUAGAAAAAUAUAAAAACCAAAAGGAUGGUAUCUCUAAUGAGUCCUCCAAUGAAGAAGAUGAAAAAAAAUACGCCUUAAACUCACAAGCUUAUAAUAAUAACAAUAAUAUUAGUAAUAUUAAGAAUGAUAGUAUAAAAUCUAAAAAGGAAGAGUAUAUUAAUUUAGAAAGAAUAUUACUAGAGAAAUAUAAAAAAUUUAUCAACGAAAAUAACGAAGAAAACAGGAAAGAGUUAUCAAAUAUAUUACAUAAAUUAUUAGAAAUCAAUAAAUUAAUUUUAAGUGAAGAAAAAGAUAAUAAAAAAGUAUAUCUUAUAAAUGAUAAUUAUGAUGAAAAGGGAGCUUUCGAAAUAGGUAUGAAUGAAGAAAUGAAAUAUAAAAAAGAAGAUCCAAUAAAUAAUAUUAAAUAUGCAUCAAAAUUUUUUAAAUUUAUGAAAGAACAUAAUAAAGUAUAUAAAAAUAUUGAUGAACAAAUGAGAAAAUUUGAGAUUUUCAAAAUGAAUUAUAUAAGUAUUAAAAAUCAUAAUAAGUUAAAUAAAAAUGCUAUGUAUAAAAAGAAAGUAAAUCAAUUUAGUGAUUAUUCUGAAGAAGAAUUAAAACAAUAUUUUAAAACCUUAUUACAUGUACCUAAUCAUAUGAUACAAAAAUAUUCGAAACCAUUUGAAAAUCAUCUAAAAGAUAAUAUAUUAAUAAGUGAAUUUUAUACAAAUGGAAAGAGAAAUGAGAAAGAUAUAUUUACUAAAGUUCCUGAAAUAUUAGAUUAUAGAGAAAAAGGUAUAGUACAUGAACCAAAAGAUCAAGGACUUUGUGGUUCUUGUUGGGCUUUUGCAAGUGUUGGAAAUAUUGAAAGUGUGUUUGCUAAAAAAAAUAAAAAUAUUUUAAGUUUCAGUGAACAAGAAGUUGUAGAUUGUUCAAAAGAUAAUUUUGGAUGUGAUGGUGGACAUCCAUUUUAUUCAUUCCUUUACGUUUUACAAAAUGAAUUAUGUCUUGGCGAUGAAUAUAAAUAUAAAGCAAAAGAUGAUAUGUUCUGUUUAAAUUAUAGAUGUAAGAGAAAAGUAUCUUUGUCAUCUAUUGGUGCAGUUAAAGAAAAUCAAUUAAUUCUUGCAUUAAAUGAAGUAGGACCAUUAUCUGUUAAUGUAGGAGUAAAUAAUGAUUUUGUAGCUUAUUCUGAAGGUGUUUAUAAUGGCACAUGUUCAGAAGAAUUAAACCAUUCUGUACUUUUAGUUGGAUAUGGACAAGUAGAAAAAACUAAAUUAAAUUAUAACAAUAAAAUACAAACAUAUAACACAAAAGAAAAUUCUAAUCAACAAGAUGAUAAUAUAAUAUACUAUUGGAUUAUUAAAAAUUCAUGGAGUAAAAAGUGGGGAGAAAAUGGAUUCAUGAGAUUAAGUAGAAAUAAAAAUGGAGACAACGUUUUCUGUGGUAUCGGUGAAGAAGUCUUCUUUCCUAUCAUGUAA